GAGUGGCGGCGGCGGCGCGGGUCGGGUGCGCGGCGCAGCCUCCUGUGUUGGAAUGUGCGGCUCCCGCGAGCUCAGGGCGCAGAAGCAGAGUAAGCGCCGCCGAGGCCUGGGGCCCCAGAGCCCGCUGUGGGUGGCGGCGGUGGCUCGGACCGCAGGGAGAGAGCCAGCGGCCUGAACACUCUGCAGCCCCACUGGGUCUUCGCUGGCCUCGACGAGCCCAGCGUCCAACUUUUCCACCGUCACCCACCCCUCCCCCGAAACUCCUGCAACAAAGAAAAGUAGUCCGUGAAGGAGCGGCAACGCGGGUCGUCGCCCCUCCUCGCCCAGAAAGGCCGAGCACAGAUAUGGCCACCCAGGUAAUGGGGCAGUCUUCCGGAGGAGGAGGGCUGUUCACCGGCAGUGGCACCAUGGGCAUGGCCUUGCCAAACGACAUGUAUGACUUGCCUGAUCUCUCUCGAGCUGAACUGGCUGCGCCUCAGCUCAUCAUGUUGGCAAACGUGGCCUUAACUGGGGAAGUAAAUGGCGGCUGCUGUGAUUACCUGGUUGGCGAAGAAAGACAGAUGGCAGAAUUGAUGCCUGUUGGGGAUAGCAACUUCUCAGAUAGUGAUGGAGAAGGACUUGAGGAGUCUCCUGAGGUGAAAGGCGAACCCAGUGGGCUGGAGAACAUGGAACUGGAAAGUUUGGAACUCAAUGUUGUGCAGCCACGGCCUGUGUUUGAGGUAGCAGCUGCCUCAGAAACGUACAGCUCAAAUAAAGACGUUCCUCAGGAAACACCCGUAGCAGAGGACAAGUGCAAGAACUUGAAGAGCAAACCCUUCCGCUGUAAACCAUGCCAGUAUGAAGCAGAAUCUGAAGAGCAGUUUGUGCAUCACAUCCGAGUUCAUAGCGCCAAGAAAUUUUUUGUGGAGGAAAGUGCCGAGAAGCAAGCAAAAGCCAGGGAAUCCGGCUCUUCUACUGGGGAAGAGGGCGAUUUCUCCAAGGGCCCCAUCCGCUGUGACCGCUGUGGCUACAAUACCAAUCGCUAUGAUCACUAUACUGCUCACCUGAAACAUCACACCCGAGCCGGGGACAAUGAGCGAGUCUACAAGUGUAUCAUAUGCACGUACACCACAGUGAGUGAAUAUCACUGGAGGAAACACCUGAGAAACCAUUUUCCAAGGAAAGUUUACACAUGUGGAAAAUGCAACUAUUUUUCAGACAGAAAAAACAAUUAUGUUCAGCAUGUUCGAACUCAUACAGGUGAACGUCCAUAUAAAUGUGAACUUUGUCCUUACUCAAGUUCUCAGAAGACUCAUUUAACCAGACAUAUGCGUACUCAUUCAGGUGAGAAGCCAUUUAAGUGUGACCAGUGCAGUUAUGUGGCCUCUAAUCAACAUGAAGUAACCCGCCACGCAAGACAGGUUCACAAUGGGCCUAAACCUCUUAACUGCCCACACUGUGACUACAAAACAGCAGACAGAAGUAACUUCAAAAAACACGUGGAGCUCCAUGUUAAUCCACGGCAGUUCAACUGCCCUGUAUGUGACUAUGCAGCUUCCAAGAAGUGUAAUCUGCAGUAUCAUUUCAAAUCUAAGCAUCCUACUUGUCCUAAUAAAACCAUGGAUGUCUCAAAGGUGAAACUAAAGAAAACCAAGAAGCGAGAGGCUGACUUGCCUGAUAACAAACUCACCAGUGAGAAAACAGAAACAGAGCAGACCAAAGGAAAGGGGGAUGUGACUGGGAAGAAAAACGAGAGGUCUGUAAAAGCGGAGAAGAAAGAUAAUGUUUCAAAGGAGAAAAAGCCUUGUAGUAAUGCCUCAAGCCAAGUGACCACCAGAACGCGCAAAUCGGCCAUGGAAGCUAAAGAAGUGGAUGUGUCCCCGGGAAACAAUUCAGAAAAAAGCUGCAAAAGCAAGAAAAGCAAAAGGAAAGUGGAAGCUGAAGCCCAUUCCUUACAAGAGCCUGUUAAUGAUGAGGAACCUGUGACAAAAAAGAAAAGGAAGGCAGAAAGCAAAUCCAAAAAUAGUCAGGAAGUGCCAAAGGGUGACAGCAAAGUAGAGGAGAAUAAAAAGCAAAACAUUUGCGUGAAAAACAGUACAAAGAAGAAAACUGUGAGAAGUAAAUCAUGUAAGAAAAGCAGCCAGCCUGCUCAGAGGCGGCCCACUCAGAUGGAGUCUGCUCAGGUGGGGUGUGUUCAGACGGAGCCGCGGCCGCCUCCUUCUCCUCCCCCUCCCGCUCCCAUGGGGUGUGGUGAGGUCGAGGUUGUCCAGAAGGGGCCUGUUCCCAUGGAGCCAUCUCCUGCCAUGGAGCCUGUUCAGGUGACCCCUGUUCAGAUGGAGCCUUCUCCUCCUCUUCCUCCUCCUCCCCCAGAGCCUGCUCAGGUGGGAUCUGUUCAGGUAGAGCCUCCUCCCUCGCCUCUCCCUGUGGGGGCUGCUGAGAUCGAGGUUGUUCAGAAGGGGCCUGUUGAGACAGAGCCUCCUCCUCCCAUGGAGCCGAUCCCCAGAAGGUCUCCUCGAAAAGAUAAUAGAAAGGAAAAGUCCAGCAUGCUGAGUGAAAUGGCACGGAAGGAGCAAGUCCUUAUUGAGGUUGGCUUAGUGCCUGUUAAAGACAAGCAGCUUCUAAAAGAAAGUGCCGGUGCACAGGAUCUCUUCCCACCAUCACCACCCCUGCCAAAGGAAAGCUUAAAGGGGGAAGAAUCGAAAGACCAAAAUUUGUUCCCUGCAGGCGAAGGAAAUAAAGAAGCCCCUCUUGAAAAAGUGGAAGCAGAAGAGGCAGAUAAGAGUCUGGCUGGUGUUGCUGCUGUUAUCAAGGAAUCUGCCAACACUUCAUCCUCUGAAGAAAACUUGAAUAUGCCAGAGGGUGAAACUUCAGAGGAUAAACAUCAAGCUGAAGCUGUGCUCUGUGAAAUGGAGAUGGACACUGAUGAGAAGAAAGCAGAGAAUAUCCCCAGCAGAGACUUGGCAGUUGAAGAACCAGUUUCACCACCACUUCCUGCUCUACCGCUAGAAAAACAUGAAGCCGUGUCCACAACUGCUGUGGCCUCACCUCCUGUCACCGUGGCAGUAAAUGAGUCUCAGGAAAUGGAUGAAGACGAAGGCAUCCACAGUCAUGAUGGAAGUGACCUAAGUGACAACACGUCAGAGGACAGUGAUGAUUCUGGAUUGAACGGUGCUCGGCCAGUUCCACAAGAGACCAGUGGGAAAGAUGGAAAGGAUGCCUUGGCUGUCAAAGUGGCCGAGGGAGAUUUCGUUUGUAUCUUCUGUGAUCGUUCUUUUCGAAAGGAAAAGGAUUACAGCAAACACCUCAAUCGCCAUUUGGUUAAUGUAUACUUCCUUGAAAAGGCAGCUCAAGGGCAGGAGUAAUGAAACUCUGGUCAAGGCUUCAGUUCUUAGUGUAUAAGGUCUCUGACAUUUUAUAUGCAUUUGGAGUAGUAGACAGCCUUUUGUUUUUAAAAUCAAUUACUGUCCAAUCUUGAUUUUUAAGUGGCACUCUUUUUCUUAGGACUCCGUGUACCUACUGAUGUACACAUUUUAGUAAAUCCAAGGGAGUUACUGUAGCAGACAUCUAAAUCUGUGAGCUUUUUUUUUUUUAAUCUGUUUUUGCUUUUAAUUGAACUAAGGUGGCCAAGGUGGUAUUAGAGCAUUCUGUCAAUUUGUUCAGCUAUAUAACUUAAUCCGUUUUUUCCUCAUGUCUGUCUUCCUAUUUCACUUUAGUUUAUUCUUCGUUUAUAGCCCUAUAAAAAUUGGCUUACUUAAAUAGCAAAUGACUUGAAGAAUUUGCCUGCUUUAUAUAAAGUUAGCACUUUAAAAUUGUUCUAGCGAUAAGAAGAGAGACAUUGAAUUUGAAGAGAAAUUCUCCCAACAAUGGAUGUUCUAUCAAUCCAGGUAUUUACCUUCCUGAAUUUUGAUCAAUAUGUAUGUUUAUUUGUGUAUGUGUUAAUUGUCAUAAAAACAAUGAUUUUGGUGGGUUUUUUGUUUUUGUUUUGGUGCUUUAAUGCCCUAAGAUGUUGCACAUUGUUUUUUUUUUAACCUAUGCAGUUAAACUUUUUCUAGAAAUAGCAUUUGCAUUGUAAUACUUUAUAUAUGCAUGUUUAUUUUGAUCUCUCUGGAGGGAUGCUUUUUAGUCUUGUUUGCAAAAGGGGCAGUUUUCUUUUUCCUUGCCGCAGUUAUCUUUUUUGAAGAAUAGUAGUCUGUGCAAAUUUGUGAGCAAAUGAAAGAUGGAGGUUUAGUCCAUUGAUUUUGAUUUUAACAUCUAUGCCAGAAUCUGUAUUUCAUAUAAGUUAUUUAUUUUAAAUUGAUGUAGUGAGUUCACACCUUUCAGUUUGAACUUUGCCGUAAAUAAACCACUAGAUCUAUGUUGAAUGGAUUUUUAUCUCAAAUACCAACCAUAAGUAAACUUUUUGGCCCGUCUUAGUACAUCUACUUCCUCAAUGUGUGGUGUUAAGUUGUAUCUUAUAGGAAACCUCUUUUCCUAGAUGGUUGGUGUUUAUUUAUAUGUCUGCUCCGCUGAAUAAAGAACUAUAAUUUUAAUUUGGAAGCUGCAAAUCUGGAACUAGGAGGCAUAAUUACUCCUUCAAGUUACACAGAGUAUCAGUUUGUGAGAUUCCAAAGCCAUAGCAAUUACACAGAAAUCCUAGGAUGAGAAAGGUAGUAUGACUGCUGGUAGACCAGCUGCUCCUUCCCGUGAAUAUAGUGAAAAAGGCUGGCGAAAACUGAAGUUCAGUCCAGAUUAAAAAAUCACAGUUUCUCAGGGAUCUCCUCCAACUAGUGGGUGUCCUGGCUAUUAUCGGGACAGCCUUUUGCUACAGGUGAGGCCCCAAAUGAAUAGCUAUUUUGGUGUUCCUACAGGACCACUUUGUAUGGAAAAGAGUAUGUGCCCCAAACUUGCUGGUAGGUUCUUUGGCCAGUCACCAAAGAAUAUGAAAGAAUCUAACAUAGGUUUUUUGUUUUUCCUUGUAAAAUAAAGUAUGAUUCCAGUAAGAAACCUUGAUUCUUCUUAUCCUCCCAGGUUCUAUUCUGAAGUAAUCACUUUAUAUAUUGUUUGUUUUCUUUUGUUUGGUGGAUCUCUGAGGCAGGUUUCAGGGUUUGGCAAUGCAACAUGAAAAAUUAGGAAAAAGUGUUAAACUGUGUGUGGAAAACUAGUUAUUCUGAGAGUGGGUGUUUAAGGUAAAGGACAUUUGAACUUGGAAUUGACUGGGAGGCCAAAGAUUUAAAGAAGCAGAAAAUUUUCUCAAGAUAUGAGUAAGUUGUGUAUUACUGUUGUGUGUUUUCUGUACAUAAUAGGGAUUUGUAAAUGAUGUUGAAUUCUAGGUGAAUUCUCAGCUCCGACAAUCAUUGUCAAACAGAUCAAGCUGCAGAUAUUUAUGUUUUAAAACUUAAAUUAUAAAGCUAGUUAAACCUUUCUAACAACUAGAUUUAAUGUUCACUAGUACAUUUUAUAUUAAAACGUUACCUUUUCCAGUACAUACAGAAAUAUUCAUAUUAAGUACAAAUUGGAGAUGGGGAAUCAGUUUGGAUUCUUUGAUACCUCAAAAGAAAAAAAAUUGACUUCUGGGGAAUUGAACGUAUUUUCUUAUCUAGAUUUUAAGACUAGAAUGCCAAAACCAAAAAUAUGAAAGAAAUUAAAACCCCUCUAUUAAAGUGAUUUGUGAAAACAUUGUGACUGGAAAUUGAAUGGACUUGAGGCCUUUCCUCCAGAAAACAAGGACUUGUUUGUCAGGCCUAUAUUAGGUUCUGAACCUUAGUGCCAUGUAUUUGUUCUUAUUAAAAAUCAUUUGAUUAAAAAAUUGGUUUCAUUGAAAAGUAUAUUAGUAAUAUGAACUUCUGGUCUAGUUCUUCCAUUUGAAAAAUGUGCUGUUUGCAUGGGACUAUUUGAAUCUUUUUUUUUUCUCAGUUUCCCUUCCACUGGAUAGGAUUGAAGCUAGACUUUUCCCUUUUGAUAAAGGAAUAAAAAGUAAACAUGUUGUUUGUAAACUGAUGUUUAGUAUUAAAGGUUGAAAUACUUAGAAUACCUUUAUAAGCCUAAUCCUAGGUAGCUUUGUAAAAUAUGUCUCUUACCUGUCUUCUGAACCUGUGUUCACAUUGCUUUUCAGGAUAUUUUAAGUUUUUUUCCUCUUUUCAGAGAGCUGCUUCAUUGAGGCUUUUUUUUUUUAAAAAAAAUUAAAGUAUAAUUCAUAAAGAGCUACUCUUUUUUUUUUUUUUUAAUUAGGCUUCUUUUUAACUAUUGCUGGAUGUUUUGCUCUAGUCUUCCAAGAAAGGCCAUUUUAUUUUUUAGUCACUUCUAAAGUCACAUGGUCUUAAACUUUGGGGACUCUUGCAUCUGAGUGCUAAUUCAGAUUUAAGCCUAAGUAACCUCAUUGCCUCUCACCCCAAGAAUGUUGACAAUGGAAGAAAUACUUUGCUGUAGUUCUGGACUAAAAAGCUGGGGAAGAAACUUCAUUUUCUUUUUUGCACAAGUCAGAAAAACAGCUACUGUGCAGAGUUUUCUUUUUGACUUCAGCUGAUGAACUGGAUUGAUAGUGUUAAUUCAGAUUUAAGAGAUUAUCUGAAUCUUGGUUUGAACAGAUUUGGGAUCUGCAUGUAACAUUAACUAGAUCAGAUAGCUUUUUUAUAUUUUCACAUGUAUACAUAGGCUCUCCCUACCCUUGUCAACAUCAUUAGUUAUUGAACUUUGUGAACUGGCAUUGAAACAUUACAACAAUGUUUUGUUGUACCAGUUGUAUAAACUUUUACAGUGCAAUACGUGGUAUUUUUCAGAGACAAACCAAAGGUUUAUUUCUCAAGGUUCCUGCUGUUUGCUUUAGCAGCAUUUAAUGGAGAAUCUUUUAUAUACAUUUUUAAUAGAUGAAAAACCAGAUUGCAAAUUCUUUUUAUUGUUUUUGUUUUUUGAAGCAAACCAUGUACCAGGUUUUUGGUCCCAAUUGUGUAGGAUAAGUUAAAUUGCAUUCUAUUAACCCAUAUGAGUGUAUUUCGUAAGCAUAGUAAUGUUGAAAUAAAGUUUUAAAAAGC